AUGCCAUACAAGAUUCAGUUCCUUGAUAAUCGUCAAAUUUGGACAAGGAGAAUAAGCGAAAAAACUGAUCUAUGCUUUCGCCAAAUCUAGGGUUCUUAUUUUAUUUUCCCCCCAAAAUUCAAGAAUGUGGAGAUCGAGAAACAUAGCAACAAUUCUGGUGAUGAUAUUAGGGUUAGCUUCAACAACCGUGAAGGGGAUGAGAUUCGAUUUAAGAUCAGGAGCCACAAAAUGCAUAACCGAGGACAUCAGACUUAACGCCAUGACCGUCGGCAAGUAUAGCAUCGUCAACCCUGUCGAAGGCUUUUCUUUGCCUGAAGAGGAUCGCGUCACUGUCAGGGUAACUUCACCGCUUGGGAACAAUUAUCAUUAUGCAGAUCGUAAAGCGUCGGGUAGUUUUGCAUUUACUGCCGGUGAGGCUGGUGAUUACAUGGCAUGUUUCUGGGCGGCUAAGCAAUCCCCGACCAAAAUAAUGUCAAUUGACUUCGAGUGGAAAUCGGGAUUGGCUGCAAAAGAUUGGUCUAAAGUGGCUAAAAAGGGACAGGUUGAAAUGAUGGAACUUGAAUUGAGGAAAUUGUAUGAUACGGUCACCACCGUUCACGAAGAGAUGUUCAGUCUUCGUGAGAGGGAGGAAGAGAUGCAAGAUCUAAUAAGAUCAACUAGUUCGACGAUGGCAACUUUCACUUUUUUCUCUCUUGUAAUCUGCUUAUCUGUGGCUGGUCUGCAGCUAUGGCAUUUGAAGUCAUUUUUCCAGAGGAAGAAGCUCAUUUAG